UGUUGUAUACGUACUUGAAGGGAGCGUGGGCUCAAAAUAUUCUUCCCUCCACUACAAGAGAGAGAAGGACUCCUUUGAUAUAUGAGAAACUCCAACUCUGAGUACUCCUUUGAUAUUUCAGCAAACCAAGAGGGUUUGAGAGAGACAGAGAGAGAGAACCCUGCUCUCAAUUGCAUAGUUGCUUCUGCAGCGCUGAACAAUAGUAGUCAUAAAGAUGGGGACACACCACGAUAGAAACCCUUUCAUAUCUGAACCAAACACAGAGGCAUCUAUUCCCCAUUUUUCUUGGGCUCAUUCUGGAAAUUUCUUUUCCGCGACAAAGAUUGGCUCAAAUCCCUUUCAAGCAAGUCAGAUGGACCCGAAACCCGGUAUUGCUGCUGUUCCCAUCUGCUCUGUUGCCCCUAUGUCUGAGCCGGCAGAGAAUACAACUAAUCCGACAAAGGUUAAGAAAAAGAAGUCCACUGCUAAAAGUCCAAAUCAAUUUGCAUCUGACGUAUUGAGGCCAAAGCAACCAAAAAAGAAGCCUUCUGGUUCAAAAAAGUCUAAGAAACAAUUUGAGCCGGGAACAAAGGUUGAGAGGAAGAAUCUGAAUGUAGUUUUCAAUGAAGCUGACUUGGAUUUUUCUGGGGUACCUUCGCCGUAUUGUUCUUGUACCGGUGUUGCUAGAGGUUGCUAUAAAAACGGUGCUGGAGGAUGGCAAUCGUCGUGUUGCACCACUAACAUAUCUGAAUAUCCCCUCCCCAUGAGUUGCAUGAAGCCUGGGGCUCGUGUGGCUGGCAGGAAAAUGAGCAGCGGAGCAUAUGGAAAACUUCUAUGUAGACUGGCAGCAGAGGGUCGUGACCUUUCUCAUCCGCUUGACUUGAAGGACCAUUGGGCCAGACUUGGUACUAACAAGUUUGUUACAAUUAAGUAAAGAUGUUCAAAGUUCACAGUUACGUAUAUAUCUGCCUUUUUUUUAAUUUUUAAUUUUUAGUUUUAUAGCUCUUUGCUUUCCUUUUAGAUGUAGUUUCUGAUGUAUGUAUCUUGGAGGCACUUGAAAAAACAUGUUUGUGAGCAUGCUUAAUCUUUGUAGUAUUUUUAUCCAAAUAUCUUCCUUCUUAAGUGAUUCUGUUCUUGACAUUA